AUAAGGAGGGCCUUUACCCAUUGAGUUAGAUGCAUGGGUUAUAGGGCACAUGGGUCGUAAAGUCGUACUAAAAACAAACAACAGGCAGACAACAAAUGACAACACUCGUAAAAACGCGGUCAAAUUCAUAUUUUCAGAUGCGCGAAUUAAAUUAAUAAUUCGGAUUGGCGAAGUGUCACCUGUUCGGCGAUGUUGUAGGUGUAGGUCAGUGAUCGUCGGGAGUAUAAAACGAUCUGUCGUCGAACUUGGAGAUCAGUAAUCAAUAGCAACUGCAGCAAAUCCAACACCAAAAUGUUCAAGACCGCGCUAAUCAUUUCCCUGUUCCUGGUGGCCGCCACCCGAGCUGCAGAUGAAUCACAGGCCCAGACCACCAGGUACCGCAACGAGAUCAACCCGGAUGGCUCAUACAGCUGGGAGUAUGGAACCUCCAACGGCAUCGACGCCCAGGAGAGUGGAGUGGGUGGAGUCCAAGCUGCCGGUUCAGUGAGCUACGCUGCUCCCGAUGGAACGCCCAUCCAACUGCAAUACACUGCCGACGAGAACGGUUAUCGUCCGACUGGUGCCCAUCUGCCCACGCCGCCUCCCAUUCCGGAUUACAUCCUCAGGGCAUUGGCCUACAUCGAGGCCCAUCCAUUCGAGAGGAUUCAGCUGAAGAAGUAGUCCUUAAACAUCUGAAAUAGAUUUAAUGUAGCAAAAUUCGUAUAAACAAUAAAGUAAAUUUAGGAAAA